AUGGAAUGGAUCAGUUCACUUCUGCAACUGGCAUGGAAUUACUUGCGGCAGAAGGCAUCAAAGAGUAACAGCCUUGGAACCAUAUCACCUUACAUUGCCAACCUCUCCUUUCUCAGGACCUUCAGCCUUCCACACAAUAGCUUCUCUGGCAAGAUUCCAAAUCAAGUUGAUCAUUUGUUCCGACUGCGACAUCUCAAUCUAACUUUCAACAUGUUGGAGGGGGAAAUUCCAGUCAACCUGACCUUUUGCUUGAAAUUAAGCAUCAUAAGCCUUGCAUCAAGCCACCUUACCGGGAAAAUUCCUUCAGAGAUUGGCUCAUUGAUGAAACUUGUGUAUCUUAAUCUUCAGUUUAUCAUUCCGACUGCGUCAAAUCUAGAGGGUGAGGUACCGAAAGAAGGAAUUUUUCGAAACACUAGUGCAAUUUCAUUAAAUGGAAAUACGAAACUAUGUGGAGGUGUUUCAGAAUUGCACCUACCAGCAUGCCCCAUCAAAGUAGCAAAGCAGAGAAAGUUGCACGGAUUCAAACUAAAGUUCACAAUUUCUUUAGUCACUGGAUGCUCUCUUCUGUUUGUAGUCAUCUUAACUCUUUAUUGGAGAAGAAAAUUUCAAAAGAAGAAACCAUUAUCUGUAGUGCCAUCAAUCAACUUCCUUUCAAAAGUUUCAUUCCAGACACUUCAUCAAGCUACUGGUGGAUUCUCUCCGAGCAAUCAAAUUGGAUCGGGUGGCUUUGGCUCUGUAUACAAAGGGAUUCUUGAUCAACAAGAAAACAACGUUGUUGCCAUAAAGGUCCUCAACCUUGAACAAAAAGGAGCUUCCAAGUGUUUUGUGGCAGAAUGCAAUGCACUAAGAAAUAUCCGGCAUAGGAAUCUUGUGAAGAUCUUAACAUGUUGCUCCAGCACAGAUUACAAUGGUAACGACUUCAAAGCUCUAGUUUUUGAGUAUAUGUCAAAUGGGAGUUUAGAGGAGUGGUUGCAUAGAGAAAACCAAUCAAGGAGCUUGAACCUUCUUCAAAGACUGAAUAUUGCUGUUGAUGUGGCAUCUGCAUUGUGUUAUCUUCAUGACCAUUGUGAACCACAAAUUAUUCACUGUGACAUAAAGCCAAGCAACGUUCUUCUUGAUAAUGACAUGAUUGCUCGUGUUGGUGAUUUUGGGUUAGCAAGACUCAUCCCACCGACCCCAGACUCCUCUGAAAAUCAAAGCAGCACUGUUGGGAUAAAGGGUACCAUUGGCUAUACUGCUCCAGAGUAUGUUGUUGGUGUUGAGCCAUCAAAACAAGGGGAUGUAUAUAGUUAUGGGAUACUUGUGCUGCAAUUGUUCACGGGAAGAAGACCCACUAAUGAAAUGUUUGUAGAUGGUUGCAAUAUCCAUACUUUUGUUAAGACAGCCAUUCAAGGAAGACUUAUGCAAAUUGUAGAUCCUACUCUUAUUGCCACUUUAGCAGAGACUACGACUUCAACAACAAACAAUGAAGUGACCAGUAUUCGUUGUUACAACAAUGAAAUCGAAGCAAUUGAAGACAACAUUGACAAUGAGAAUUCAAGCACGAUGAGCACUUACGUGUGGAAGUGCAUACUUCCAACCCUUCAGAUUGGACUUGCAUGCUCAGAAGAAUCGCCAAAGAAUAGGAUGUCUAUGGAAGAGGUCCACAGGGAGCUACAUCAUAUAAAAAUUGCUUACACUAGUGUUGACAUUCGUCGAGAGAGGCCAAGAAGAAGCUAAACAAGAAGUGCUAUUAUUUUCUUCUUUAUGAUAUGUGCAACAAGUGUAUAGCACCGGAAGCGAGGAGUCAAAAUUAAUUCUCUGAGUUGUAAUGCUGGAGACGUCUAAAGGCAAGAUAAUUUUCUACUAGUGUGGAAAAAAUAAGUUGCAGCUACUAAAUUGUGAGUGCUUCAUUUUGAUUUCGAGGUUAUGAGUUGUUUGUUGUAUAGAUUUCCCCUGAGAUCCAAUGGAGACUUAUGUUGUAUCUUAAUUAUGUGUAAU